AAACCUGCAGGUCCACUAAAAGGCAGACGCCUCAAUAUAAAGUUGUAAAUUCAGUCGUAUUUUUUUUUUAAAUCAGAGAAUCACCGAAACAACGAGUUAUGAGAGCGAAUCAAAUUAAUGAUAUUUAGGUUUAAAUAUAUAUAUUUUUCAACCGUGGAAAGAGAAUGAGUGGAGAUAGCUUGUGCUGAGAAUCCGUGUAUAAAGGUGGACGCACUUUUAGGACGCACAACAUAAAAACCGUUUCAACUGACUCCACAAGAGAUCAGCCAUGGAUUUUUACAUCAACACGGACUAAAGUUCGUUAUUGAAGACGUCCGACCCGCUCCGACCCUGUCCCAUACCAGCCCGAAUAGUGCAGCAGGUGGAGGAUGGCAGAGAGAGUGACUUGGUGGAGAGCAUUUAUGGGGAACAAUAAGAGAACAAGUAGUGGUACCAAGGACAUCGCCACUCAGCUCCUCGACACAGUGAAGGACCCUCUGACGCCCAGCACACAGGGAGUCCUAGCAACACAGGGAGUCCUAGCAACACAGGGAGUCCUAGCAACACAGGGAGUCCUAGCAACACCACACUCAGCAGCAGCCCCCAAACUCCCAACCGACCAACAACCACCAGCAUCACAGCAGCCACCAGCAUCACAGCAGCCAACAGCAUCACAGCAGUCACCAGCAUCACAGCAGCCACCAGCAUCACAGCAGUCACAGGCACCAGUCAGUACAGGCAACAGCCUCUUCAGCGACGAGACCUUCGAUGACUCCCAGUUUGAGUCGGUCUUCAACGAACAGACGUGUCGUAGGAACCUGAGGGUGUCUCGGUCAGGCCGGUUUAAGGAGAAGAAGAGGGCACGCUCCAGUCUUCCUACUGGGAAAGAGGACGUACGAUGACGAGGAUGGCGAUGAGGAUGAGGGAGAUAGUGGCCAAAGACUCUUACUUCUGAACUUUAUUUCAACAUGGCCGUCCGUUCUGGGGAAAGAGGAAGGUAGAUGAAGAUGAAUUGUAAGUUGAAGAUAAGUUGAGGGUAAAUUGAAGAUAAGUUGAGGGUUAAUUGAAGAUAAGUUGAGGGUAAGUUGAAGAUAAGUUGAGGGUAAGUUGAAGAUACGUUGAGGGUAAGUUGAAGAUAAGUUGAGAGUACGUUGAAGAUAAGUUGAGGGUAAGUUGAAAAUAAGUUGAGGGUAAGUUGAAGGUAUGUUGAAGAUAAGUUGAGGGUAAGUUGAAGAUAAGUUGAGGGUAAGUUGAAGAUAAGUUGAGGGUAAGUUGAAGAUAAGUUGAGGGUAAGUUGAAGAUAAGUUGAGGGUAAAUUGAAGAUAAGUCGAGGGUAAGUUGAAGAUAGUGAUUUGAGACUUUGACUUUUGACUUUUGUCAGUACUAAAGAGUCUGUCCGUUCCACUGCUGUCCGUUCCACUGCUGUCCGUUCCACUGCUUCUGCUUCUUCACCAAUCAACAUGAGAUUAAUUUAAUUGAUUUUGAUUUAUUGAUCCCUCAUCGUAAGUUUAACGUGUUGAACUGUGUUUCCCAUCACAAAGAAAGUGAACUGAUCAGCAGUUAUACUCUCCUGCACCUCCUGUCUUGUUACAUUAUAAUGGACUGCUGAUUGGCAGUAGUGAAAGUUUCUCAGUGACAGCUAGGUAGGCACUUAACAGUCCUUCCCCGAGGAAAUCACAGGUCUGACAAGGUUUGAUUGAUUUAAAGCAAUAGGAAGACAAGUGUGUCUUUACUAAUACAAUCCCAUAAAGAUCAGAGGUUAGGCUCCUUCAAGAAAGGAAGGAAGUGAGGGUGGAAGGAAGGAAGGAAGGAAGGGAGGG